AUGCCUCGCGCUCCCCACUUCGUUGAAUGUCCUCUCCACCCCGGUGGAGGCCACACCGUUGAACGCUGCCCGGCCAAUCAAGCGCUCAACACUUUGUGUAGUGUGCUUGACGCGCACGUGCAGGCCUCCCGCAGCCAAUGGCGCGGAGGCCUGCGUGGUGUGCGUGGUCGUGGUGUGCGUGGUCGUGGUGUGCGUGGUCGUGGUGUGCGUGGUCGUGGUGUGCGUGGUCGUGGUGUGCGUGGUCGUGGUGUGCGUGGUCGUGGUGGUGGUCGUGGUGGUCCCCGUCCCCCUGCGCUGCCCGUCCCCUCGGGUCCCCGUGGUGUUGGUGUUGGUGCGUCUCGUGGCCGUGGCCGUGGUCGCCCGCGACCCGGCCAGAGAGAACGACGGGCUGCCCGUGCUGCCCGUGCCGCUGCCCUUGCUCCCCCCGCCUCCGCCUCCGCCCCCGCUGCCCCUGCCGCUGCUGCUGCUCCCGCUGCCCCCCUCGCUCCCCCUCCCGCUCCUCCCGCUGCUGCCGCCCCUGCUGCCGCCCCCGCUGGGCCUGCCGCUCCCGCCGCUGCCCCUGUUGCGCCUGCCCCCCCCACCGCUGCCUACCCGGCUGCUCCUGGCCUUCUUGAUGGCCCUGUUCCCGCCGUCUUUUCUUUUCCGCCGCUUUUGCCGCUCCCGGAGGGCGAUGAUGAGAUUAUUGAAUAA